UCUUUUUAGCUGUUACAGUCAAUCAACUUGAAUUAUUUGGUAUUUCAUAUAUCGGUGUGCCAAUCAUUCAACGUGCCCUUGCUGUUUUUGAAUAACUCCAUUCAACUGAUUAUUUUUUAUUGCAUGUUUGAUUGUAUUUGCCUCAUAACAAUGUGCUCUAUAGCGAGGUUCUAUAUAUAUAAAAAAGGUGCUUACUUGCUUUAAGGGUUUUUACUGAUAGCUUAAUUAUAAUACACCACUGGCUGCCAGUCAGUGUGAUUUUAAUGGACUAUUUUUAGAUUUAACAACUGUACACAUAAUGCUCUCUGCUUCCAGUGGCUUUAAAACUCAUUCAUUCAUGUUCAUUUGCUCGACGUCACUGGUUGCCAUGGCAGCCUGAAAGCCUGCUCGUCUCCAGGGAAACGCCAAGCGUCCCAGUUAGCAGCAGCGGCUAACUUCGAGGCUAACGCUCGUUUUUCAGUUAUAAACAGGCCGUAGCUUCUCAGUUGUAGCUGCUGUUGGUUAGACGUGGUUGUAGUUUUUACGGAAGUUUUAUUUUUUAAAAAAUCUUUAGUAAGUUAAUGUUUUUCUGAAUGGAGUUUUGUGGAGAAUCAUCCGUCCAGAACUUAGAGGCUCUGUCUGCAUUGUUGUCUACUCAUCAGGAGGAAGAGGAGGAUACAGACUGUCGAAAUGCAGCAGCGUUUGCACAGCUGGGUCCUGGACACAUUGGCCCUCCACCCAAGAAAUAUAAAGAAGUGUCAACUGCCUACAUGAAGAAGAAGAGUAAAGAUAUCUGGAGCAAGGAAGAGGUGGCUGAGGGCUCCCAGUAUGAUGAUCUGACUGAUCCUCGGCCACAACCUGAGUAUGAAAUAAUCCUGAAGCAGAGUGUGAAGACUGAGGAUCUGUUCCUUGGCUUGAGCAGAAAAAACCCGUCCUCCAUGUGUUGUGAAGCCAUGCUGGUGAAAAUCAAACUACCCGACACAAAAGCGACAGAGGUGGUCCUGGAUAUGAAAGAGAAGUUCCUUGAUCUGCGGACGCCAAAAUACAAACUGGGCCUCCAUCUCCCUCAUCCGGUCCACAUCCAGGAAGGUAAAGCUCAGUUUUUCAGUGAGAGGGAGGAGCUGGAGGUGACUCUGCUAAUGAAGCGGCCCCUGGACUUUAUCAACAUGCAGUGAGAAAAAAGAAUGAAAAUAAGCCACAAAUGUCCAGAAAAGACAGAACUGGUAAAUCACACUGCUUUGCUGGUGGGUAAGAAACAAAACAGGACAGAGAGAUGAUCAGCAUGAACCUUGUGUAUUUCUAUGAAUAAUAAAUAAGUCAUGAUUACACAUGUGAAAGCUGUGAUUUCUGCUAAAGAUCUGACUUCUUAUGUGACUUUCUCAUGAUUGAAUAACCAGGAGUCUACAGAGGAUAGAAAACACACAUUACCCUACUUUUUAUAAGCUGAUAUCUUUAUAGAUGUAUGUGUCCAUUAAUGCCUAUCUGACCUUAUUCUUUAUCUCAGCAUAUUCCAUUUUAAGUUUUAUUUUAUCCUGUUUCAACCACCACAUGGCUGCUAAUACUAUUGUACAGUUGUUACUGCCAUUCUGUGUCCAACUCCUCUAUGUGCCUUUGGAUUGCUCCCAGUGAACAAAUAAAAUUUUUUUGAACAGAACUGAAAGAGUGUGCUGAUACAGAUGCUCAUUUUAACUUGUGAGAACCCACACUGUGCUUGCAGUCAUUUGAUUCCACACAAAUUAAUUCAGGAAUUUGCACCAUACAGUUUAAGUACAAUAUCACCUCUAAUAAUGCAUAGAUUUUUCACUUGAGACUUUAUUUUUUUGUGAAAAAUUCCUACGUAUCUCUGUUUCAAUCUGUCAUUUAAAAAAUAAAUUUGUGUA